AUGGCAGAGAAUGAAAGUAUCGCGCUCGCGCAGAGGGCGUGCGGAGAAAGCGGUCCGCGCAUAGAGACAAGUGCGCGUGGAGCUCGUAGGAUUGGUAGUGAGGACGCGGAAUCAUCACGGUGUGGCGCGGAGGGGCACGAGGCCCUGGAAACUUCCUCGAAAGUGAAUGUUGAGAAUCGGGUGGAUAAGGAUAGUCGCGAGGAGAAACGCGCGGGGGAGGGUAACGAGGGCGAUGAAGCAGAUGAUGAUUACUUGGUGCUGAGCGAGGUCCACGUGGCAUGCCCCUCGCACCACGUCAGCACAGUCAGCACCUUCGCCUUCCGCCUGCCCCCUGCGGUGGCGGCAGCGGGAUGGGCGCUACGCGGGGAAGCGGAGAAUGCAGAGGGGUGGGAGGGGUCAGAAGACGCGGGGCGGAGUGGCGCGGCGGAAAGCACAGAGGGGAUAGCAGGGGAGGGGGAGGGGCGGCGGGACACGGAAGGGGCGGGAGUGGCGGUGGAUUCGGACGGUGAUCUGCUGGUGGCGCGGCGCAAGCGGCGGCGCAUAGGCAGUGGUGGGGGAGGCACAGGCGGUGGCGGCAGUGAUGGCGCUGGUGGUGGGCAGAGAGGCCGUAUUGCGCAGCUGCCAGCAGCAGGAGUGCCACGUGGCAUGGCAGUGCAGGCGGGUGCAGGGCCGGACGAAAACGAGGAUGGGGAGGGGAGCGCCCAUACCACGCUCUCACCCCUCGUCCGCCUGCAACCCCCACUCUUCCCCCCCCAGGUGUGGAGGGCAUCACUGCUGCUGGCGGACGUCAUGGUGGCCAACCACCGCCUGCUGGGGGGCGCCACUGUGCUCGAGCUGGGGGCGGGCGCAGGCGUGGCGCUGUGGGCAUGUAUGGUGGCUAGCGACUGUUUCAAGCUGCACCCUUGCUGCGCCUCUGCUUACGUCCUCUCUGCCCCCACUGCCCUGCCCCACCCUCCUCUGCCUGCACGGGAGCAGGGCUGGCGGGCAUCACGGCGGCACACUUCGCCACCCGUGUCAUCCUCACAGGUACCACCUCCCCUCACUUCACUCUCCUCUCUCUCUCCCUCCUGCCGCCGCUCCUUUGACUCUGCGUCUGCUCACCCUUCAUCCCUCACAUGCCCUCACACAUCUCUCUCUCACCGUCUUCCCUGCCUCUGCUCCCUGCCCUGCUUCCCUGCACCCGCACUGCCAUGGCCCUGCGCUUCACCAGACACAGGCGAAGGCGUGCUGCGCAAUUGCGCUGCCAACGCCAUCGAUGCCGCCAUGGCAGCCAGUGCAGCCAGUGCAGUCACGGGUUCCUCGUGGCACCCCCCCAGCCCCGUGGCAGCAGCGCUGGUUCGCCGCCUAGACUGGCGCCACGGCUGGCCGCCUCCCGUGGUAACCGAGCGCUCUGCGCUCCACCAAUCAGCAACCAGCUCUGGCUACAGCAGUGCACCGGGCAGGGCGGCAGGCGCACAGGCGGGAAUGGGUGGCGCAGUGGACGAGUUUAAUGGGAUAGACCCGUUUGGGUGGACCGAGGAGGAAGUGGGUGACGCCAGCAACGCCACCGUGCUGCUGGCUGCUGACGUCAUCUACAGUGAUGACAUCACGCGUGCCUUCUUCGGCACCCUUCGCUCCCUCCUGCGCUGCGGCCCUCCCAAGCUCCUACUGCUGGCGUUGGAGAAGCGCUUCAACUUCUCCCUCUCCCACCUCGCCCCUGUUGCCAACGGCUACGCCGUCUUCCGCUCCCACUUCGCCGCCCAAAACGGUGCUCCCAGCUGCUACAGUGGCGGCCACUGUAGCAGCGCGCAGCAGGCAGCACAGGCAGGAGAGGCCAGCUGCAGACUGGCCGAGCAGACAGGUGGUGGGCGGGGGACGAGGGUAGAUGGGUGGCAGACGGUCGUGGAUGGGCGGCAGAGAGAGGGGGAUGGGGACAGGGAAGGGGAGGAGGAGGGGGAAGAGGAGGAGCUGUUGGGGUGGCGCAUGGACGUGGGGCAGGUACCGCAGCACGUGGUGGGGUGGGAGAGGGGGAGCGACAUGGAGCUCUGGGUCAUUGGCAACCAGCGGUCACUGCCGCUGGUGUGUGAGUGGAUAGAGAGGGGCGUUGGUCUGUCUUUCUGCCAAGGGGGAGAAGAGGAGCAGUGCUCCCCUCCUGAAGCCUUACAAGCAAAUCCCUGA